UCUCCUGCAGUUCACUUCUCUCCAUCUGUUGUGAUAGAGCUCAGCACGAGAGCCCGUCACUCUAUCCUCCCUCUGCGUGGAAACCACAGCAGCCUCAGGAUACAGCGCAACACCCUGAACCGGGGUUCAGUUUAGCAGCGCGUCUGGGUGGUUUGUAGCGUUCUGCCUGACAGGAUCAAGGGGACAUUUUGAUUGAGGAGCAUCUUAUUUUUCUUCAGUGUUGACUGGAAUCAUUUACACACCCGAGUGUUUGAUUCAGCUGGAGCCUCUGGGCUCUACUCUGCUGUUUUUAUGACUGAAGGAAGGCAACUCUAUUGAGGAACUUAACGUGGACACUGAGGUGCUUUAUUUUUCUUUGAUUUAUCAGUUAGAUCCUGAGGAGGCAAGCAAGAUGGACUUCACUUACCUUUGGCUCCUCGCCACCACUCUGAUGUUGAUCCACCAGAAUCAAGCGUCAUCCAUCUCUGAGGGCCCUGCAGAGGAGGAGGGCCCCCUGGUGCAGCUCACCCACACGGCCCACCGGCGAGAGAAGCGCUGCUCCUGCGAGAACCAGAAAGACAAAGAGUGCAUUUUCUUCUGUCACAUCGGCAUCGUCUGGGUGAACACGCCGAGCCACGUGGUUCCUUAUGGAUUUGGUUCGGUGCGUCUCAGGAGGGAGCUCAGUCGCUGCCGCUGCACAGAUUCACAGGACGCCGAGUGUCUGAGUUUCUGCUCCGUCCAGACGCAACCGCAAGGUGAAAAUGCUCUCAUGAAGAGGAAGACUGACAAACGACUGAAGAGAUACAGAGCUGCAUUCUGGGAAAAAAGGAGCCGACACGCACUCAAACAUCAGACCUGAGAGAGAGGAGACACAACAGUAACACCAGCUCUUCUGAAAGGAAGUCCUAAUGUAUCAGAAAUAUCAAAUAAUGGACCCUUUUGAUCAUCUGGCUGCCUGAUGGCACUUCAGACGUGUACAGUGUUUGUUUGUGUAAAUGUAAUAAUGGUGAAGUGUACAAAUAUGUGUGCCGACCACUGACAAGCUCAUCUUUUUAGCAUUUGGCUGAUGUCUUUAUUUAAAGCAGCAGAAGCAGCACUUCACUGUCCAGCUCAGAUACUUUAAGAGUUGAAUGAGUUGAACCUGUGACACUUUGCUGUUAAAAGCUGUGGGACAGAAAACACAGUCAAAUACCAGAGUUCUCAGCUGAAAACCUCACAACUUCACAAUCACCAAAACGUCAGCAUUUGUCCAAAUGAGUUUCAAAGAUUUCUGAAGGCAAAACACCAACCACACAGAAAAACAUCUGCAGAGUCAGAAGACUUGUUUUAUGAAGCCAAUUACAGCAAACAGUUACACAAAAAAUGAUAUAAUGAUAUAUUAUUUUGCAAGGCUACAGACCAUUUUUAACGUCUUAAAAGAGGCCACUAGUAGAUGAUAAACACAUUUCAGAAGAAAAAGUCACAACAUCCUGUGGAAAAGUUCUCAUUUCAUGAAGUGAACCAUAUGAGGAUGUUGUAAUUGUACCAAACAAAGUUAUGAUAUUAGAAGAUAGCGGUGAUGUUAUGAGAUGCAAGAAACUUUUUUAUUAAAGAAAACUUUUACUGGAAAAGAUCAAAUAUUUUCUGAUAUUAUGAGAAAAAAGUACAUGUCAUAUGUUAUACUUAGACUAAUUAGUUUGGAUUAGAUGUGGAUGUAAACAGUGAUGUUAUUUUAUUUAGAUUUGAAAAAUUAGAAAUUGUUGUUGAAAUGACUCUUAAUGUAUCUUAAUAUGCCUUAAAAUAUUUACGUUUUUAUGUAACAUUGCAACUUUUGUUCUGAAAUAUUAAAAUCACAUAUUACUAUUGCAUCUUUAGCUAAAAUAUUGCAACUUUUUCUUGAAAUUUUGCACUAUUUUCCCCAAAUUAUGACUUAAUCUUGAAAUAUAAUGGUUUUUUUGGUACAUUUCCUACUUUUUUCAUAUGAGUGCAUUGUUAUCUUGCAGUAUAUUUACUUUUCUCUUAAAACACUUCAACUUUUCCUCAGACUUUUUUCUCCAAAUAUGAAGACAUCCAUAUUUAAAUUUCAGAUUGUACUUUUCAACUAUAUCACUUUAUCUUGAAAUGUUAGGACUUUUUCUUGUAAAAUCUAAAUUUAUUCAUGAAAUAACACAACUUUUUCAAAGAAUUUGUCAACUUUCAUUGAAUAUUUCAGUUUUAUCCUAUAAUAUUAUGAGAUGUUUCUUAAAGCAGAAGUUUCUUUUCAAAAUUUUAAGAUUUUAUUCCUGCAAAUUUGUAUUUUUGUCUACUAGUGGUCUGUGUUCUUCGAGGUGUGACUCCAACAAAUAAUAAGCUGUUAUGAACAUUGUGAUAAGUAUAAUGUGAAUCAAGUGCUUUCUUGUAUUGAAAGGCUGCUGUUGGUACUGCUGUUAGCUUAGCUGUUAGCAUACAGAAAUAUCAGCGUACUUUAUCAUUUUCCUCUAAUAGAAAAUGAUACAAAACAUGUAAAAUUGAAAUGUUGCUGUAAAGUGCAAAAAUUGACUCUGUGCUUACUGACUGCUUUCUGCUUAAUUAUGUUGCUUUUCUCGGGUGAACACACUGCAAACUAAAACCCUGUAUGGAGUCAGGAUGUAGUUUAUGGUUUGGACUCAAUGCUUGAAAUCACCAUUAAAAAGCUGUUGGCCUAAAAAGUGUUUGUGAAGAAUAAAACUGAGCACAAACCUCGAACCGUUGGCCAGAUGAUGUCAAUUACGCAAAUUUAAAUUGGAGUUGUGAGGUUUUCACACCAUGUCAGAGCUUUACAAAUCACUGUCUGAAUGUGAAUAAUAAUAUAGUAUAUAUAUUAUAUAUAUUAACCAUGUCGCUGUCUGCCUUAUUUAUGUCUGUUAGCACCUUUUACUUAAUCCUCCUAUGUGUCAAAGCAUCCCUGAAACGAAAUGAUGCAAAGACAUGUGGGACUGUAAAACAGAAAUAUUUAUUUUGUGUAUAAUCCUCUUCUACAAAUAUGAAGUAUAACCAUUUCAACAGAACAGUAUCUGUAACUACCAUCACAACUGUCACCAUCUCCUCAGCAGUAAACAUCUGUAGUUGCAUUCAAGGAUUUGACCCCUAGACUCCAAAAACAUCCACAAUGUAUUAAAGGAAUAGUUCAAAA